AUGGGAUUGUUUAGCAGAGAAAAGACACCUCAGGCUCCAAAUCGCUCGAAGCGAGAAAAGUGCUGGGAAAGCAGGGACAUAUUUUUCAAGUGUUUGGACAGGAUUGACGUUGUGAAUCCGCUAGACAAAAAUGUGCAAGGGAAAAUCAAGAAAAACUGCUCUAAGGAAGAUGCCCAGUUCCAGAAGGACUGCGUGGCCUCGUGGGUCAAGCACUUCAAAGAGAAGCGUCCAUUUGAUAUUAAGAAAGAGCAAAUACUGAGGGAAGCGGCAGAACAACAAGCGAAUGCUCAAAUAGACAAGUGA